GCUGCACAGCCCGCCUCUUCAGAGCUGUCCGGGCUGGCUCCUCUUUCCAGAACAAUUCAGGCUUUACAGCAACUCAGACUCGGCUCCAACAUCUGUGUCCCAAAGCAAGGAUGGCUGAGAUGGAAAGCACACUUCAUCCUGGAAGGAAACAACAUUCCAGGUCAAGCUGAGUCUGCCAAACACCGACCCUCAAAAUGAUUCUAGAAGAAAUCAAGACAAGUCUUAUCAUGUGGGUUUCCUACGCCUUGAUUCCUUGUUUGUUUGUGGAUGGAGUGGCUGUUCUACCUGCCCCUCAGAACCUCUCUAUGCAAUCAACCAACAUGAAGCAUGUCUUGACGUGGAGCCCAGUGAUUGUGCCUGAAGAAAUAAUACGCUAUUCUGUUGAGUACCAGGGGGAGUAUGAGAGCCUGUACACAAGCCACAUCUGGAUCCCCAGCAGCUGGUGCUCACCCACUCAAAGGCCUGAAUGUGACAUCACGGAGGACAUCACUGCUACUGUGUCAUACAGCCUCCGGGUCAGGGCUACCCUGGGCUCGCUGACCUCAGCCUGGAGCACUCUGAAGCACCGCUUUAACCAGAACUCAACCAUCCUCACCCCGCCUGGGAUGGAGAUCACCAUGGAUGGCUUCCACCUGCUUAUUAAGCUGGAAGAUCUAGGGCCCCAUUUUGAGUUCUUCGUGUUCUACUGGAGAAGGGAGCCCGGUGCCAAGGAACACGUCAAAGUGGUGAGGCCUGGGGUCCUUCCCGUGUACCUGGAGACGGUGGAGCCCGGGGCGGCAUACUGUGUGAAGGCCCGGACGUUCGUGAAGGCCAUCGGGCGGCACAGUGCCUUCAGCCGGACAGAAUGUGUCAAGGUGCAAGGAGAGGCCCUGCCUCUGGCGCUGGCCCUGCUUGCCUUCGUGGGCUUCGUGCUGAUCCUGGUGGCGGCUCUGCUCUCCGUCUGGAAGAUGGGCCGGCUGCUCCAGCACUCCUGCUGCCCCGUGGUGAUGCUCCCUGACACCUUGAAAAUAACAAAUUCACCCCAGAAGUUAAUCAGCUGCAGAAAAGAAGAGGUAGAAGCCUGUGUGACUUCAGGGCUCUCUUCUGAGGAGCUCCUCAAGGCCUGUAUCUAGCAGAUGAAGCCGAGAAAUCUGGGCUGCAGGAUGCAGAAACCACGAGGGGAAAGGCUGCACUUCCUUUCGUUCAAGGACAAAAGACAAGAGAAGAGGCUGCCAUGUCCACGUCUAGAAGCAGCUGUCAGAGGCAGGGUGGUAUGGCUGAUGGAGUGCUAAGAGGGGGUCAGGGGAUGUGACCUCCAACACUGGAUCUCUGCCAUCUACUAGCAGGAUGACCUUGGGGGGAAAUGACUUAGUCUCUCUGCCCCUCAGUUUUCUCAUCUGUACAAUGGUUAACUACUUGACCAUUAAACCGUAUGUGUGUAUA